CUUCGGGCGCAUAUACGCAGUCUACUCUCGCAAUAUGCGGCCACUCAUCUUGCUACGAAUUACAUAGCAUGGACUGAAUCAGAGGUUGCAAACGGCCUCGCAGAAUGCUUGGGCCCCAUACCAAUGACGGAAAGGAACGCCAUUGCGCUGCCCCUUGAGCCCCUUCAGGUUCUUUCACAACAAUUGAAUCUGAUUAGCCUAGACGUAUAUGAGGAGAGGUGGAAAGUGAUAGACAAGGACGCCGUCGCCUAUCUCAAG